AUGUCUUCUUCUUCACUCGACGCCCAUCCUCAGUCGGAUUCUUCCUGCUCGCGGUGGUCUUGUCACCGUCGUCUCGGCGUCAUUGUCUCGAAGAUUACACAGAAAAAAACCAAUUACUUGAAACACUUGCACACAAACAUGCCCAGUCCUAACAACAGCUUCCCAAUGGAUCCUUCAUUGGGUCCUUCCCCUGUUCUCAGAACCUUGGUUGUAAUCAUGGGAACAACUAUGCAUGCUUCUGUAGGUGAGGAUCUGAUAUAUGUGUUCCAAUCAUUGAUAUUAGAUGGAACUGUGUAUGUUUUUACAUACUUUGGAGUUAGCAACGACUGUCGGUUGUAUCGCACAACAUCGCAUCAAUUUCGGUUGUUUUUUCAAGAUAGAACUAUUGUCUUACCCUCUUUCUGUGAUGCAAUACCGUUAUAUGGUAUUAAGUUGGUCCCUUUUAGGAAAAUUAUGGGAUACUCUUCUGAUCAUCUUUUUUUGGUUGACGUUGCUGGAGUUAUGACCGGUGUAGAAGUUGAGGGGAAAUAUGUGAACGAUGGCAAACUUAUUAACAUGAUGGUCAUUCAUAUUGAGAAUGCCGGAUGCGUUUUUUCCAACAACCCUUACUCACCACUUAAUAUUUUAAAGCUUAAUAUUGUUGUUCUUGGAGAGAUGGUAGACCAGAUCAAGGGUUUUCUGGCAUCGGGCGAUCAACAACUGUCAAUAGUUGUUUUUCAAUUUGCAAGAGUAAAAAAUGCUGGAGGUACCAAUAUUGUGCAGAACAUUAUGUAUGGUACUAGACUCUUGAUAAAUCCGGAUAUUCUCGAGGCUUUGAUGCUUCAAAAAAGCGUGUACUAUAGAGAGAUCUCGCAGUACCUAUCUGUGAUUUCUGGCAAACCGACAUAUCUUGAUGAAGAUGAGGUUUUAUAUUCCACUGGGAGGAAGACAAUAAAGGAGUUACGUGCGGUUGCGGAUGUUGGAUUCUAUGUUGUUCGGGCCACUGUUCUUGAUGUUGAACCCGUUCCAAGUUGGUGGUAUAAAUCAUGUCUUUGUAGCGUGAAGGCAGAAGCUAAUGCGGAUGAAUACUUCUGCGACGGCUGUAAUAGGGACGUGAAUAAUGUGGUUGACAGGUAUGACUCUAAUUAA